CCCUCUAACGGGAGGUCCCACCUGGCGAAACCCGCAUCGCCUCCGAACCCGGGCAUCUUUAUGGCAGAAUCCCCCCAAUCCGCCCCUGCUGGCUAAGUCGCCUACCACAACAUCAGUCUCGGGGCGCUGAGCAGGGAGAUUGUCUGUCUGCUUUGUCGACACCUUGAUACCGCGGCCUCGUCGUUCCUGGCAACCACGUCGCUCCUCGCUCAAAGGAGCACGCCGAGACGCUGCCGUAAAUUGAUCUCCAUCUUCGCACGCCAAAGACGCCGGCGUAGCGAUUGCUCGGACUCCAUUUCUUCGUCUGGCACGACCACCAACGAUAAUUGACAAGACUGGGUAGCGUUGCUUGUGCCAAGCGAGUGGCAUCCCAUCUGCUGUGCGCCCCGUUGGAGGGCGGGCCCAAACAGCCGUCGGUGCGUUCAUGUCAACGCCACCUGCCUCCAGGGAACGGCUGCCAACUUUGAGAUCAGAACCUUCGGGAUCGGGUCAAGGCACAUCGAUAACAGGCGCGGCCACGGGCCGCGAAACGUCCCCGACGAGGCGUCCAACACGUCCUCAAGCCUCUUCUACGCCUCAGCCAGGGCCCGUACAGCCAAAUCUUCCAGGCGACCACCGCGGUUCGCAGUAUGAACAGCGAUUCGCAGCUGGCAGCUCCGCGUCUGGGGCCACGUACAGUGGCCGGUCCGCAGCGCUGCGAAGUCCAAGUUGGGCCAGCGACGUUUCCCCUAGACCCGACGCUGCGUUGCAGGAUUGGUCGAACUCAGAACUUCGCAGGCCGACCAUCGCUAGGCCACCGCCGCUACAUGUUGCGUCACACAGCGUCGCGGAGCGAGCUUCCUUUCCACCUUUCUACCAUCAUGCAAGAGCGGUGAGACCAGACGAACCUCUGAGCCGCGAGCCUGUUGCAGGGCCCAGUCGAUGGCCAGCGAGCGGUCCACACAGAGACCCACGGGCACGCUCUCCCGUCCGUGAGGUUGCCUACUCCGAUGUCAGGUACGGUUCGCAGUCUUCUCGAGAGCCAUUUAGGAAUGCCGUGCGAAGCCCAUCACAAGUGGGCCUUCCUUCUGAACGCGGCGCUGCAUCAAGGAGUAGCCGGGAUGGAUACCAACCUCAGGCUAGCCGUGAAAGGUCAAGCCGAGAUUACCUCGCACCGGCGCCGCCGCCGCCGCCGCCUCCCCAGGCUGGCGAGAGCCUGUCACGCUCAUAUGAUGGACCCACUCGCCUACUGCCUGCACACCGGUCGAUGAGGCUUUCAGGCUCGCCCGGCCUGGAGCGCGCGCAAGGUCGCUCGUACGAUUCUUUCAUGCCGCCGCCACCAAGCCCCUCAUCUCGAGGAUCGCCAUUCCGUAAGUUAUACAAUUGGUCGCGCGCCCUUUGCAACCACCAAUACCGAUGCUUCCAACUUCUCUCCACGCCGCUGCUGUCAUACUCGUGAAUUCAUGCACCGUCCAUUGAUCCACGCUGUCUCCUAUCUUGCCAGGUCCAAAUCAGCCUUCGUUUUUCCCACGCCCCCUACGUCCCACUGCGGCCUCGCAAGAGUCCGCUAGACCGCGAGAAGACGCUCGCGCAGCCGAGUCAGGUCUGUCGAGAGCCCAGCGCCGAAGCAGAAG